ACCUCACAAUGCACCUGGCUGAAUGUGGUAACCUUCUUAUCAAUGUCACUGGGCAGAUUUGGCAAGCAAUUUUGUGUACACAGUAAAAGGGUUCACUUUACAGUAUAAAGUGUGGGUCGUGAUAGGAGAUUGCAGGAAUUGUUGAACGCCAUGUGUUGAACUAUGGAUUUGUGUGAAGAGUUUUUGGGAAAAAAUCAUCUGAAAAGGAGAACUGCCAGACUACGAAACUCGGAGAACUCAGUCAGUUGCAGGAUUCUGAGCAACUAGAGUUAGAACUUGCUAAUGGACUUUGUUUCAGCAAGGACUUUGAAGUACAGAACCCUCUCUGGGACCAGAGAGAAAGAAGCUUUUCUAUAUAUAGUGUGUGUAAAUGGAGUGUGUGUUUUGCAUGUGCCAACUAGAACUCUGCUAAAAACAACUGUUUCAUGUUGGUGUGUUUAACUGCUUUACUGAAGCUUCUGUGGCACAUACACAGAGAACAAGAAUAUACAUACAUAUUCGUGUAUAUAUAUGUGUGUGUGAGAGAGAGAGAAAGAGAGAGAGCGAGAGAGAAGAAAAAGAGGAGGAGGAGGAGGAGAAAUACAGAUCCCAACAACCUCUGCAUAUGUUGGCCUCAAAUCCAGACUGUUUACCUGUGGAUAUCGUAGCUGGCGAAGUCCCACUGAUACAACCCGAUAGCUGAACUGCAGACAAUGUAUUUGCCAUCGAAAUGAAGCCGAGGCUGGAGGGAGAUGCUGCGGUCUUCUGAGACGGUAAGGGUUUUUAAGCACUUGCAGUUGAUCUCUCUCCCAAUGGGCCAGAUCUGUAACAAUACAAUCAACCAAUGAUUGUGGCAACAGGGAAGGAUAAAGGGGGUACACUUUGCUAACUUGGUGAAGUCUCCCUUGCAGGCCUUCAAGCCAAGAACUCCCUCCCAGAACCCUGACUCUCUCUUGAAGGAAAGCUCUCCCACUUCAACAUCUGCAAAGCCUCAUGGGUGCAGCUCUUUUUAACCCGCAGUUGUUAUGGGAAAAGUUUGUGUAACUGCCUUUCAGCCUUGCAAUUCAGCCCUUUCCUCCCCCUGUCUAGUUUAUAAAUUUCUUAGGGCAGAGACCUGUACUUUUAUUUUUUGCUUAUGUUACACUGCAAAGUACCAUGCACACUAAUGAUGAUGAUAAAACUGGACUGUAUCCCAUGCUGGUUCUACCCAGAAUAGGCCCAUUGAAAAGAAUGGGUGUGAUUAUUUUAGAUCCAUUAAUUUCAACAGGUCUACUGUUAGAAUAACUUAGUUUGAGAUAACCCAUUAUUACUAUUGGGCUAUAUGCAACAACAUUCUACUUGGAGUAGACCCACUGAAAUUAAUGUACCCAUGUUAGUCAUGCUAAGUAGGUGCUUUUACCUUAUGCUGGCCUAUGGGUGCAAUAAAUAUUCUUUACCUUCUUCUGCUACAGAAGGGAAGCUUCGUCCUCUAAAACCUGCCUCUUGACAUGCUUAUGAAAAAGCCUUCUAACUAUCAAGCAGCUGGCAGACAAUGGGCAGAAUAAUUCACCCCUUAGGAUCCAUUAGGGCAAAGGAACACAGAGCAUGUGCUUUGCAAGCAGAAGUUCUCAUGUUCAAUCCUCUGGCAUCUCUAGGUAGGGCUAGUAAUGUCCCCUAUCUGAAACCCUGGAGAACUGCUGCUGCCAGUCAGUGUGGACAAUACUGAUAGCCAGCUGAAUACUGAAGCCAGCCAACGAAUACUGAUAGCCAGCCAAUACUGAAGGCACCUUUCUAGUCAGAUUCAGAUUUGUACAGAUCUAGUCUAAUCCAGCAAAGGCUUGUGACUUUCCAGAAUUUAUUUACACCUGCAAUUCCCCCUGAUUUCUGGAGCUCCAUGAAGCUGAGACCAUACAUACCUUGAUUUCGUAUUUGUCUGCGCUUAACAAGAUGUAAUCCCCAGGGCUGUGCAUGAGAGAUUUGACUUUGCACUUCUGCAAGACCACCUGCAGUAGGAACAAAGUGUGUCUAAGGCUUGAGGCAAAAUGUCAGACAGGUCACUAAAAAAAGCACUGCAGUGUUUGUUCAGGCACAUUUAUGUCCCGGGAGGUAAAAAUCUUAACUCACAAUAAGAAAUGCCAGAUGCUGCUCUAUUAUGUCCGAGAAAGAGAAGCCACAAUGGAGGCUGUGCACUGUCUCCAACUAACCCACUGUGCAGCUGGAUUUUGUUGUUCUUACUUCAGUACAGUACGUUCAGUACGUUCUGUACAGAAAGAUUUUGUUCUUACUUCAGAAUGAUCUCUGUUGUUACACAUUCUUACACAAAAUGAUUUCUGCUGUAUUGAAACCCACUUUUUCCCAUUAAGCUUAUGGUACAACCACCUGGGUCUCAUGCCCUGCUUUAAGGCUGCGUAACUGAAACAACCUGCUUCAAUGUUAACCCCUGUUUCCAUCUCCUCCUUUUUCCUCGUUUCCCUAUGUUGAAUUUUUGUAAGCUUCUUAAGAGCAGGGAUUGAUCUUCUUGUGCUCUAUAAAGCAUCAUGUGCACUAAUGGUAUUACAAAAAGAAAAAAAUAUAGAAUGCUGCACGCACAUCAUGGUUUCCUCCACAUGUUGGGAACCAGCAACUGUAGCUCUGAGUACUUCCUUUGCAUGCAGAAUGUCCCAAGUUCAAUCCCUGCCAUCUCCAGGUAGGCCUGGGAGAGACGCAAGGUCUGAAACCCUGGUGAGCCACUGCCUGUCAGUGUAGGCAAGGUAGAUGGACCUAGUGGUCUGACUCAGCGAAAAGCGAUUGCCUAUAUUCCUGCAUGUGGUAACCUUGUCCUCUAGCACCAGAUAUGCAAAGCUGGCAAAUAACCUUUGGCCUCAAAUGGUUUGUAGUUAAAUUUUAGCCACUGUGGUGUAGCAGUUAGAGCACUGGACCUGGGAAACUAGAAUUCGAAUCCCCACUCAGCCACAAAAUGACCUUGGGCCAAUUGCUGCCUUACAACCUAACCUACCUACCUACCUCACAGGGUUGUUAUGAGGCUAAAAUUGGACAAAAGGAGAGAACCACGUAUGCCACCUUGAGCGUUUUGAGGAAAGGUGGGAUAUAAAUGCAACUAUUAAUAAAUGACACCCAGUGCAAACUUUAAACAGGAAGGGAGCUAACCCAGCCUACCUUUGUGACCCAUUCCGUGUGCCCUGUUAGUGUAUUGAGACACACUCCCGUUGAUAAGGCCCAGACCUUCACAGUGAAAUCCGCUGAGCCACUGACCAGGAUGUCGAGCUCGUCAUUGUAAUCAACACUGAAAACUACAAAAGCCAAAAAAGAAAAGGGAACUUUAAAAGAGAUUGGCCAUGCUGAUCUCUAUACCAAGUCAGAUCAAAGUAAUCAUGCAGUUAUUUUGGGGUGUGUGUGUGUGUGCAAUUGUGAGUCACACUGCAGUUAUACUAAUUUGGCUUCCUUGAAAUUUAGAGUUUUCCCUUCCAUGUAAUAGACGUGUAGAAUUUACAAGUUUGGAAGGAUAGCCCGGUAAACAUACUUAGGUAAUGCCUACCCAAUGAUUAGAGCUAGAGAACUGCAGCCAGGGGAGGGGGUUCCCUUGCCUAGAAAGCUGUCUUAUUCUGGGCCAGGCUAUUGGUUCAUGUAGCUCAGGGACUAUCUGCAUGAGUUGGCAGCGGCUCUCGAGGGUUUCAAACAGGGAGUUUCUCCCAGCCAUAUCUGGCAUGUGUGACAGAGACUUGGUUAGAUGAGGCAGAUGGGCCUGUUCUUGUCGCUGCUUGUCCACCAGGUUUCUCUUAUACACAGCAACCCAUGUCAUAUGGGUGGGGUGGGGUUGCAGUGAUUUUUAGGAAGUCAUUAGCUUACAUCAGGCGUCCUGUUGGGAAAACCCAGUUUUCUGAGUGCAUGUUCUGGAAGUUGGGCAAUAGGGGCAGUACAGGAUUCCUUUUGGAGUACCAACCUCUCCACUGCACCAAGAUUCCCUGCCUGAGCUGCUUCAGGUCGUGGUGGAUGUUCUCCUGGAGUCUACCUCUUUCCAAAUCUGAGUGACUUUAUCUGCAAAAAAAGCUUUGCAAACUCAUUGCAGGAGACCUUUUUGCAGAUAAAGUCACUCAGAUUUGGAAAGAGGUAGAGUCCACCAUGGGAGCAGGGCCGGGAGAGUGCUAGAGUCCCUUCUGGUCAAGUUGCAUGGGAUCAAUUCCAAUCUGUUACCUCCAAGGAUGUGGAUAGGCUGCUUGGACAAGUGAAACCAACCACCUGUCCCCUUGCCGAUCCUGGCUAAUAACAGUGAGCUGGGAAGGGCUGGCUGAUGGGCUCUGGGGGCUGGUGAGUGCUUCCCUCUGUGAGGGAGCCUUCCCAGAUCCGCUGAAAGAGUGGCCGCUGAGACCAUAUAACACCGGUCCUGAAAGACCUACUUUGGCUCCCAGUAUGUAUCCAAGCACAAUUCAAAGUGUUGGUGCUGACCUUUAAAGCCCUAAACGGCCUAGGCCCAGUAUCCCUGAAGAAGCAUCUCCACUCCCAUCGUUCAGCCCGGACACUGAUGUCCAACUCCUUGGUGGUUCCCUCCCUGCAAGAAGUGAGAUUACAGGGAACCAGGCAGUAGUGGCGCCCUCCCUGUGGAACGCUCUCCCAGCAGAUGUCAAGGAAAUAAACAACUAUCUGACUUCUGGAAGACAUCUGAAGGUAGCCCUGUUUAGGGAAGUUUUAAAUGUUUUAUAUUUGGUCGAGUUUUUAAUGUUCUGUGGGAGCCGCCUAGAGUGUCUGGGGAAACCCAGCCAGAUGGGUGGGGUGUAAAUAAUUAAUUAUUAUUAUUAUUACUAUCUAGCAAUGCCAGGAACUGAACCAGAGACCUUCUACAUGUAAAGCCCACGCUAGAGUCAGUCCCAAGCAACAUGGAACUGUGUAGAGUUCUGGUUGCUUCAUCUCAGAAAGGAUUAUAUACAGUUGGAAAAGUUUCAGAAAAGGACAACUAAAAUGAUCAAGGGGAUGGAGCAACUCCCAUGAGGAAAGGCUGCAACAUUUGGAACAUUUUAGUUUAGAGAAAAGGCAGGUAAGACCUUAUAGAAGUUUACGAAACUAUGCAUGGGGUGGACAAAGUAGAUAGAGAAGUUUUUCUCCCUCUCUCAUAUCAGGAAGUUGCACCUGCUGUGGACAGUGAUGGCCACCAAUUUAGAUGGCUUUGGAAGAGGAUUAGACAAAUUCAUGGAGGAAAAUGCUAUCGAUGGUCAGUAGCCACAACGGCUACUCUCUGCCUCAACAGUCAGGGGCAAAAAUGCUUCUGAAUACCAGUAGCAGGAAACCAUAGGAGGGGAGAGGGCUGCUCUUGUGCUCAGGUCCUGCUUGCAGGUUUCCCACAGGCAUCUGUUUGGCCACUGUGAGAACAAUAUGCUGGACUAGAUGGGCAACUAGCCUGAUCCAACAUGGAGAGUGAGUAGGGUAGCUGCUAAACUAGGGGAGAUGUCUAGCAAGGCUAGAUUGCAGACAGAUGUUGCUUGAAAUGGCCUAAAGGGCUUCAGGUAUUCCUGAGGACACCAACACACCUGCCCCCGUGUGGCCUCUGAAGUGCUGGGUCUUAGUUCCUGAGCUCCACUCCCAGCAGGCUACCGUGUUGUCAAAGGAGCCUGUGACCAGCUUUUGUUCAUCAAACUUCACUGCUGCACAGGUGUGGGUCUGGAUCCCAUAGAUGCAUUGCCCUGUGCUCACAUCCCAUAGCUUUGCAGACAAGUCAUCUGAACCUGCGGCCGCAAAGGAAGAAAUGAAGUGUGGUUUAGUGGCUGAGAAGUCAGAAGGUUCAGAAGGUAUCCAACAUGAUCCACAAAACAAUGGCAUCCAACCAGGACCUGGGAGAAUUGAGUUCAGAUCAGCCAUAGUUUCACUACUUGGCCAGCCACUACUUAAGCUUCUCAGUGACCCAUCUAGAAAGAGCCACUGGUUAGAGUCUGUCUCAUUGUUUCCCAAACAUCUGAUCAAAAUUUGGAGGCCUAUUUUUUUAACACCUGAAACUGUUUUACUUUCAUAACAAAUGAAAAGAAAAAUAACCCAUUCAAAGAGGAGUGUGUCCUCAGUGUUUCUGUAUUAGUACUCGUUCCACUCUGAUCCCAAGGCAUGCCUAGACCAAUGGCUCAUACAUAAAUGCAACAGGGCAAAUUGGGUGGAGAGGGCAAGUCUGCCACAAAAGAGUGCCUUGAAUAAUCUGAUCAUCCCUAAAACCACAGUGCAUAAUUACCUACCCAGGGGCUGAAUGGAAGGAGGGAAAGUUGAGCACUCAAUCACACACAGAGACACAAAGGGCAGUAUUCUAUUCAGGCAAGUUAUUGGGCACAUGGGAAUUGGCACUUUAGCUGUUCUUCUAUACCAUUUAAUUUGGAAAUUAUUGGCACAAGAAAGCUUUAAAGUUGUGAUGUCAAACUUUCUUAAAAAGGUAUCUGAGAUCCCCCCCCACCCCAAUUUUACAAUGAAAAAGUAAACCCUGCUGACAGCUCUCUGCUCCCAAAAGUACCCCACCAUGAUAUUAUUCUGCUGAAAAUUUUCUGUGAUCUCCCAAGUUCCCUCAGAAUUGAUCUAUUAUUUCUGUGCUAUGCUCACUUUGGUAAGUGGCCCCUGGAGGAUUGCACAUAGGUCAAUGCAGCCCUCAGCCCCAAAAAGGAAAGACAUUCCUGCUUUAAAACUAUUUUGAAUAUCUUGGGGGGGGGGGAUAUCUGCUUGGCAUUUAAAAAUAAAACAAGCUUCUAGUUCUCAUGCAUGCAGGAGAAAACUCAGAAAUAUAUCCAUGCCCUUCCUGUCAUUGACAAGGAUUUCCAAGCCUGAGUUUAUGAUGCAGAACAAGUGAGCGCAAUUAAGCAAACAAGAAUGCAGAUACACUUGUGGCACAUAAUUGAUUCCAACUCAAUAAUUUUGAUUUGGGAAGAGAAGUGAUUGGUGCAGAACAGAAAGUCCUAGUCAUGCAAAAUCAUUAGCCUCCAAUAGUGGAAGAUGAAGCUUUUGGUCACACAUGAUAGAAUCUGUGACAAUUAACUCUCUCGCUAGUAGGAAGUCUCAAAGGAUUAAAAACUUUGGCUUGCAAAUAAAUCCUUCACUUUUCCAGACAGAAAUGAUUGUUUAUAUUAGGUCAGCUGCUUUUUGUAUAAACAAAUCAAUGCUGCCUGUCCCCUUGCUGCCCUUUCAUUAAUGGAUAAUUUGAGCAUUUGGUUUUAAGCCCCACCCCACCACCAAAAAGCCACCCUCACAGGGAGAUCCACACUCCACAGCAGAUCCAUGGUAGGGGAAUUUGUAGGGAAGACUGGUGUGAAGCCAAAGGAGCAGCCUCCUCCUCCUCAGAAUGUAUUGUAGGUUUUAGAAUGCUGAAGAGGCCUUUCUUUAAUAUUAGCACACAUUGGCUGUGUUCAAACAUCACAAUAAACUAUGGUUAACACAAUAGCAACAAGAUUAGCCUACUCCUAGGCUCAUAUGCUCUGUACUCUGGUGCAAGGAAACUGGAAAUUUUUGCUUCUUAUUAGCCAGAGUUUAGCAUGACACAUGAACUCUAAAGUGCGGCUACACAUAAUUUCUGUGGAAACAUGCCAACUUUAUAAACAGUGGUCUGAUGCUGGUUUGUUGCAACAUAGUAAAAAUGAAUCACAGUGUAUUGGGUUUCUGCAAGAUGGCAAGCUGCAGUUAAAUAGAGGCAAAAGCUUCGAAGCUUGUCCUUGAAUCUGUCAGGGGAGACCAGGCAAGCCUGGGGAGGGACACCAGGCUUGUUCCUAUCACAACAAACCAUAGCUUAUUGUAGUGUAGCAUACAGACACUGCAUGCUUUUAUGAAAUACAUUUCUACAAUGUUAGUGAAAGCUUGUGGCUAGAACAAGGUCUGGGAUCCGUGGGGCCUGAUCAUGGCCUAUGGUGAGCUGUGAAUGAUCAAAUCUCCUAUUCAGAUCUUGGUCUUGCUAUAACAUCACUAAGCAGCUUUAGACAAGCCUUCCAGCCUCAGCCCACUCAAUGAAGCUGAAUAUUGGAAGAUCCAGGACAGAUAAGAAAAGUACUAUUUCAUGUGGUGAAUAGCUGAACUAUGGCACUUGCUCCCACAGGAGGCAGUGGUGGUCACCAACUUGGGAUGCUUUCAAAAGAGUAGACAAAUUCAUGGACGAAAAGGUUCACAAUAGCUAUGUUCUGCCUCCACAGUUGAAAGCAAUAAAGCAUCAGAAUACCAGCUGCUGGAAACCUCAAGAGAGGAGAGUGCUCUUGUGCUUGAAUCCUGUUCAUGUGUAUCCUGCAAGCAUCUGGUUGGCCACUGUGAGAAGAUGGACUGGAUGGGCCAUAGGCCUGUUCCAGCAAGGCUCUUCUUAUAUAUGCCACCUCCCAGUAGUAUUACUUACUCUGGCAAUUUAUAUACAGGCAACUUCCCAAGUGGGGGGGUCAUCAUGUGUGUCGGCAGGGCACGCAUAAGCCCUCCCUCCCACUUCUGGGGCUGAAAACUGUGCAUGCACCAGCGGUCAUGUGUUCCUUGAACGCGCACAAAAUGGGAGUUGCUUGUACCAAUUAAUCAUGAGAGUCCCUGAGUGGUGUGCAAACAACUCCACAAUAAAGAUAAAAAUCAGUUAAAACUAUAAAAUCAGAAUUCAGUUAAAACACCUGCUGAAAUAUUUAAAAUGUCUUCUGUAGGUGCUGGAAUUUCAAUAUGUAGGGUGCCCUGACCUCCAAUGAAAGGGAGUUCCACAGUAUUUGGCCUACAAUGACAAAACAUUUCUAAGGACACCUUAAAUGUCUGAUGAACAAUACAAUCUACCAAGUAGUAGGAACCCAAUGAUAACAUUCUGUAAGAAUAAAAACAGUAGAUAAAAUCAACAUGUAAAACAGUCUAAUGUGGAUUUAAAGGCCUGAGGAAAUGUAGGAAGACUUCUCCUGGUACCCGAGAUAGUAAAUAUAUGCCUUCUUCAGGAAUGAGAUCUAAAGGCAGGUGCCACCAUUAAGAAGACUCUCUCCUCAGUUGGAAACCACCUCACCCAGAAGGUAGGGUCUUUGAAGAUUAUCUCAGCACAUAUGCCAUCUCGGGUUGAGUUCCUGAAGGAUCACCUCCUCCAGGUCCAAGACAUGUACAGCUUUGAAGGGAAAGCAGUGCACAACCUGGUGAUUACAGAAUAAAUGAUGCAAGGAGGGAGUUGCAGCCCAAGAUAGGGAAAGAGAUAGUAAGGGAACAUCUAGCUACUUUAAAUGAAUUCAAAUCUCCAGGGCCUGUUGAGCUGCACCCAAGGGUACUAAAGGAUCUUGUGGAUGUAAUCUCAGAACCUCUGUCUAUAAUCUUUGAGAAUUCUUGGUGAAUAUGGGAAGUCCCUGUGGACUGGAGAUGGGCAAAUGUUCUCCCCAUCUUCAAAAGGUGUGGGGGGAGGGGAAGCCCAGGUAACUACCUACCGGUGAACUUGACAUCAGUAGCAGGAAUGGUCCCAGAUAACUAAACAGUUGGUAAGCAAUUAGAAAAAGAUGCUGUGAUUACUACAACCCAGCAUGGGUUUCUCAAAAACAAGUCAUGCCAGAUGAAUCUCAUGUUUUUGAUGAAGUUCCCAACAGCCAGAAAGCUGUUAAAAUGUCAAAAAACGAAAAAGCCACACAAACAAAAACGCCAUUUUUUUUUAGCAAAAACAAAAGCUCCAAAUAUCAUCUCUGUGUUGCAUGGGUGCUUGGGACUCAGCAGGAAGCCUCUGAUUAGCAGUGGGGGACUCAAUUUACAAAUGGAACACACUCAACAGGAAGCAGAACAUGUUCCGCUUCCAAGGCAAAAUUCACAAACCAGAACACCUACUUCCGAGUUUGCAGCAUUCUAUUUCCAAGUUGUUCAUAAACUAAGCUGUUCUAAAACCAAGGUACCACUGUAUAUGAAACUGCUGGGGAUGGUUAUUGGGAAUUACGGGUUGAGGUGCAGGCCUCGGCGAUGUAUUUACCUCGCCCGGUCCCGUGUGAGAGACAGACCACAACAGCAACUUCACCCAGAGGUAUGUCAAACAUCUCCUUCUGAUACCUCUUGAGUAACACGUUGCCUGGGAAAAACAGAUCUUGCUUCCUCCCAAACAACUGAUGUACAUUCCUUCCUAAUAUGGCCUUGAACAUUGUUGUCUGACAUCUGGCCCCAGUAAUCAACAACUCAGCCUCACUGGUGUGAAGUGCAGAGGGUAAAUAUGAAGCCCCUGGAUUUUUUUUUUUUUUUUGGUAUAAAUAUAUAAUAUACAUUCCCCACCUCUAAGACUGCCAAUCUUCCAGUGUCACCCACCCUUCACAUUUCAUAUUUGAUCCCCAAUUUUACAUACAACCACAUCAUAAAUAAAUAAACACAACCCAUCUCUCUUCUUUUCUGUCUGAAAGUUUCAGAAGCCAUCAAGAUGGUACAUACUAUGGUCCAUCCUGUCCCUUUCACUGUUCUUAUUUCCAACUUUAACCUUCAAGGGGGUGGGCCAAUGUAAUCUCAACAAAAUCUGUAUCUCCUCUCCAUCCUCCCCACUAAACAAAUAAAUCUUCCUGGAGUCCAUCUUGCCAGUCCUCUGUUCCAUUACCUCCAACUCCAGUCAGUUUUUUCUCUCUUCCGAGUGCUUAACAGACAGUCAAUCCAGUUGUUACCAAUCUUUUCUUCUUUACUAUUUUUAUUUCAUAAUACAAAGUUCCAAGGGGUGGUCAAAAUCCCUCAAAAGUCUUGAGGGUAGUGAUUUUAAGUUUAGUCUGCCAUGCACAAAGAAGGGUUAGGAUUUGUGGACUAAAAUAGAAUGUAAUUUAUAUCCUAUCAAAUUAAUUUUGUAAAAAGUCCACGUUUCUUAUAGUAAAAUAACAUCAAAAGAUUUAAUAAAACUAAUAAAUUCAGGGUCAUUGGCCUUUUUCCUCAAGCCCACAAUGUUCCAGGAAAGGAUCUGAAACCUAGGGUCACUUGGCAGUCAUUUGAUUUCAAUUAAGUGAUCCCAUCAGUUACCAUUCCCCCUGCCCUUUUAACUAUUCCAAGGAAUCAACACCCUAACAUCUUCACUACAGCAAAUGGUUAAUUGCCUGUCCUUGCUGGGCUUGCACUCCCCCUUACGGAGCAGGUUCACUGUUUGGGAGUGCUUCUGGAUCCAGCUCUGUCACUGGAGGCUCAUGUAUAUACAGUGGUUGGAAGUGCCUUUUACCAACUGUGACUGGUUUAACAGUUAUAGACAUUCCUGAACUGGGAAAGUCUGGCCACAGUAGAUCAUGAAUUGGUUACUUCAAGAUUGCAAUAUGCUCUAUGGGGGGCUUCCCUUGCACUUGAUCCAGAAGCUGCAAUUAAUGCAGAAUGCUGCAGCACAAUUGCUGACAGGAGUGAGGCCUUGUCAGCAUAUAGUGCCUGUUCAGUGAUCUGCACUGGUUACCAAUUUGUUACCAGGCCAAGUUCAAGGUGUUACUAUCAGUAUAUAAUGGCCAUAAUAACUUGGGGCCAGUUUACCUAAGAGAUCAGCUUACCCAACGUGUGCCCACUUGACCGCUUCAAUCAGCGGAAGUGGUACUACCACAAGUGCCAUAUAAUACCCAUUCUGCAUUUGUAAGAACUCAAUCAUUUAUUGUAGCAGCACUUACACUUUGGAACUCCCUGCCUAUUAAUAGCAAGCAGCUGCCUUCACUGUAUUCUUUUAGGUGCCUGCUAAAUAUAUUCUUGUUUAGACAAGCCUACCCAGAUGCUUAGAAAGUUGAUGUGAGUUUUAACUUGUUUUAGCAUUUCAAAGUUUUGUGUGUUUUAAAAUACAGGCACCACCCCUUACGCAUAUUCGACUCAUGUGCAACCGCAUACACGCACCGGGAAAUUAAAAAUAAUUCUAUUCAAACCUGGAAAUGGCAGGAGAGCAGCAGAGUCCCCGUGGCUUGCAAGGAGACCCUCCCUGGAAAAUGAUUUUUUCUAUAGAUUAUGAAGGCCUGAAAAAGGCGCACGGGGGCCCUGCUGCUGCUGCAUCAUCAUGCUCACCAGCUCAGAACUGUGAAAGCCACUUCGCAAGUCCUGUCUGUGCGGCUUUCCCAGCCUCUCUGGUGAGGAGUGGGGGCUCCCCUGGAAAUAAUGCCUUCUAUAUCCACCUAAUGAAGAACAAAAGCUUUAAAAUGUGUCAACAGGGCUGCAGGUUCCAAAUUCAUGUGUGGGAAGCUGAAAGGCAGGAAGCUGCUCCUUGCAGCGGGCUCAGCUGCGCGGCUUCCCUAUCCUUCCUGCCAAGAUUGAAGGUGAAGAGGGGAGGAAGGGAGUCUUCAUUGCCCUUUAGAUUAGAAGGGAAGGAGCAGAACAAGGGCAAACAAAAGUGGAUGGGGGGGGGAGAACAAAAAACAAAGCCACUCAAGCUCCCCACUUACGCACAUUUCAUUUAUGUUUUUUUUGGGGGGGGGGGUUACGUAACCCCCACGUAAGUGGAAAGUUGCCUGUAUUAUUGUACGUGUUCCUAGGUAUAAUUUUAUUGUUUUAUCUUUUGAUGUAUUUUGAAAAACCAAGUGUAUACAUUUUGUGAAAUAAAUAAAUUGGUGACUUCCUGGCUCACAGCCCUCUCACACACAUACACAACACUAAUUCUCAUUGCACCACUACACCCAAGCCAUUUGGGCCAUCCUACCUGUACAAAGAAGUCCAUCUUUAUAGUAAAGUGCGUACACUCUGGCACUGUGUCCAAUCAGUGAGGAGGUCUCAAAGGCUUUGUGGUCCUCUAGUUGCUUCAUCCUUAAGAUGGCCUUCAAGUACACCUUCUUCCAGUGCAAAGCAUCUUGGACAGAGUCAUCAAUCUGCCAGCCCAGUUUUCUACAGGCAGUCUGCCACACCUCCAUACAGGCACUUAUGACCUUGUUCCAUUGCUUAGAGACGAGGCAGCACGUGAGUAAGGUCUGAGGGUCAAGCCAUUUUAACAAAUAAAAACUGAGUUCCAACGGGAGGAGUUUGAGGAAGUCCCGUUUGAGGAGGGUCUCUAGGUUAUUGGAGAGGUGCCUGAGCUGGAUAGCCCCACUCAAGCUAAUCAGGUGAUCCAACGACUCAUUUUUCUGCAAGUCCGUCAGAGAGAGAAACGUAACAGAAAUAUUAUCAAGCCAUGCUUCAAAGUCCUUUCUCUCCAUAAGGUUAUGGAAACAUUUACCUGUGGGACAUCAAAAUACAGUAUUAGUUCUGCUCAAAAACCAAAUACGAACAUCUUAAAUAAAAAAAUAAAAAAUGACACACUCUGCCUCAGAUGCACUUUAAACAACAACAUGGCACAGGGCGGUUAAUAUAGAAAAACCAGCAAUGUACAAUGUGAAGGAGAACUCCCUUUUAAACCGAAUGUGCAGAUCACAACAUGCAAAAACUGUGGGAUUUUUGUCUGUCCAGUGCAAAAUAUAGUAGUGCCUUUGAAAGCCUAUGAUUUUCAGCUGCCAGUCCUUAUGUUUGGUUUCACAUGGCAUGAUCAAAGGAAAACAAGGGACCCAACAUCAAUGUGACAUCAGGUGCCUGACAGGUAGGUGUCUCAGCUCUCCUCUCAGACUUGGUCCAAAAGGUUUGGGGGAAGGGAAGUCUCUGGACUGCUAGCCCCAUCCAGGUCCCAACCCCUGGUUUAGAUUUAUCAGAGGACCUUUCCACAGACAAUUGCUGAAUGGAUAGCCGAGCAGCAAGGAGUUGGACCACAAUGCAUAUUGGUUCCACCUAACUUUCUUCCCUACCUAGCAUUUCAAUGGGAAAGAGGGCAUAUUUACCUUAAGUAGUUGUCUGUAUUAUCAGAUAGUUGCUUAGCAGGUAGCUGCCAAUUGUCUUCUUGCUCCUCAGAACCCGACAGGGAUUGGGAUUCCUCUGGGGCCAUUUCUUCUGUAGGUGUAACAAGAACCAUAUAAGUCACUGAGGCCAGAUUUUCUCCUCUUCUCCAAUCACUGCAUAGUGCUCUAAUGAUUCCCAAACCCACUACUGUUACCACUCACUUUUGACCACACCUUAACUUUCCAACCUAAUUCAUCUGAUCAAGGGAUAUUUCUUUAUAAUGACUAGGAUUCUACGUUUGCUGUCUUGGGAGUAAAUCCCAUUGAAGCCAACUGGACUUGCUCCAAAGAAUGUGUUAAGGAGUUCUGUAGUUCAAUAAAGGUUCUUGCAAAGUAUGUGUUAAGAUCCAGGUGUUAAUACUUGUUUUGCGAAAGACUAGGUAAAAUUUUGUCAAACUGGGAUAAGACAAUAAUCCAAAGUAGUAGAGGGGAGAAAGGAGAAGUUUAUAAAAACUUAAAAGAUAUUAAUGAUUAUUUUUUAAAAUGUUAUUUGGAAUUAGAUAAUAAACUAAAGAUCAUAGCUUAUGAGGGUGUAGAAGCUUUAAAAAAUAAAAUAAAAUUAUCUUAUUUAGAUUAUUGACAAAUGCAAAUGUUAUUUUUCACCAAUAUCAGAAGCAGAAAUCAAGCAAACUAUUCUUAAAAUGACAACUGGUAAAACACCACGAUUUCCUAUUGAAUAAUAUAAGACAUACAUUGAUCUACUAGUACCAAAACCUCAUCAACUGUAUGAAGAGAUGUGUGACAAAGGUAUUUUAUCAAUGGCAUUUAAUCAAGCUUAUAUUACAGCUAUACCAAAUCAGACAAGCUGAGUAAAGUUGAUACAAAGAUUUUAACAACGACCCAAGCAAAUAGAAUUCAGCAAGUAAUAGUGGUGGUUACGGAGAAUGACCAGACUGGCUUUAUAAAAAUGAGGCAGCAAAUAAUAUUAGAUUAGUGGUGGAUUUGUAAGAUUUAAAUAAAAAUAAAGACAAUUUUUAAUUAUAUCAUUAGGCAUGAAAUGGUUUUCAACAAUAUUUAUGUAUAUAAAGGUAAAGGUAAAGGGACCCCUGACCAUUACGUCCAGUUGUGGACGACUCUGGGGUUGCGGCGCUCAUCUUGCUUUAGUGGCCGAGGGAGUCGGCGUACAGCUUCUGGGUCAUGUGACCAGCAUGACUAAGCCACUUCUGGCAAAUCAGAGCAGCACACGGAAACGCCAUUUACCUUCCCGCUUCCUACUUGCACUUUGAUGUGCUUUUGAACUGCUAGGUUGGCAGGAGCAGGGACCAAGCAAUGGGAGCUCACCCCGUCGUGGGGAUUUGAACCGCCAACCUUCUGAUCGGCAAGUCCUAAGCUCUGUGGUUUAACCCACAGCGCCACCCGCGCCCCUGUAUAUAGGGGUAGCUUUAACUAAAUUGGUUUUCCCUUUAGUUUUUAUAAAAUGGAUAAAAGUAGUGUAUGAUUCAACUAAAUCUAGAGUUAAAGUGAAUGGUAUCCUGUCCACCACCUUUUCACUGCCUUGAGGAACUAGACAAGGAUGUUCACUUUCACGUUUGCUUUUUAAAUAAUUGUUUAGAACCCCCUAGCUUGCGCUAUUAGACAACAUUGUGAGAUUCACACCACAGCGGUUCAUAAUUCAGUUGAAUAUAAAUUGAUUUUAUUUUCAGGUGGUACCAAACUAGUAUUCCUAUAUUGAUGCAAACAAUAGAUGCUUUUGGUAAAAUAUCAGGAUACUUUAUUAACUGGUCCAAAAGGAAUUGAUGCCAUUACGUGAAAAAUUGAUUACUCUUUCAGGUAAGGAAUUAUCAAUUCCGGAUUUGCUCCAAAUCUAUUAUAUAACUAGGUUUAAUGCCAAGAGACAUAACUCGAUUAGUUACAAUUCAUAUAAACAAAAUAAUAAAAGAGGCUUCUUUAGUUACUGAUAGAUGGGAGUCAUUAAACCUUAACCUUAGGGGAAGGUUGAAUCCUUUCAAAAUAUACAUUAUUCCCAGAUUUAUCUAUAUACUACUUGCUUGUAAAAAAGCCAAACCCUUCAAAAAACCCUUUCCCUUAUGUCACUAUUUAGAUUGCAAGCCUAAAGACAGAGUUGUGUUACUUUUGCUGAAGCUUUAAAUUGCAAAGUGCCUUUUGGUGAGUAUCUUUUAAACACUUAAGAAUUAUUAUUAUUCUAAAUAUAGGGUGGGGGGAAGGGCAGCAUUUAACAAAUAAAUGGGAGAGAUGACGUUAAUGGGGGGUGAGGUAUAAAGUAGAUAGCAUGCCUCAUGCAUAUUUUUUUCUUUCAAGUUGGGUCUUGACGUGGAAUCAGAAAAGUGGAUUGCUUUUAUAAUCUUUGGCCACAAUACAACAAAGAGUUGAGCACACCUAAAUUUGCACUGAACUAUUGCCAUUUAUUUCAAAGGACUGGGUCUGUACAAUUGUGCAUUAGUGCAUAAAGGUCAAAAUGUAAUAAUAAUAAUAAUACGUCUCCCAUAAAAGAGCACACACAAAAGUGGCAUGGAAAACACUCUUUAUCAGCCUAUGCUCUUAGGUUUCUGGAUCUGAUUCCGGAGACGAUGGAUGGGGGAAGGGUCAUAGCUCAGUAGUAGAGCAUCUACUUUGCAUGCAGAUGAUCCCAGGGGACCUGCCCAUCUUGAGUUAGGGCUGGGAGUGUCUCAUGCCUGAAACCCUGGAUAAGUGUAGUUGGUGUGGCAAUACUGAGCUGGGUGGACUAAUGGUUUGGGUAUAAAACAGCAUCUUAUAUUCCUACUGUUGUCUGGGAAGCAAUCCAUGCAUUUGAUGUUUUUAUAGAGGGCUAGAUUUUAACAAGUUCCUGGCGUGCUCUCGUCCAUGGGGUCACGAAGAGUCGGACACAACUAAAUGACUGAACAACAACAACAGAUUUUAACAGGUCAGACUAUUUCUCUAGCCCAGUCUAUGCUGACUGGUGGUAGCUCCCUAGAAAGGAAGACCCCUUCCACCACCUGAUACAUGAUUUGUUUUUCUUUUAAGGUAAUUAUGACAGCAUUCAACCUGUCUAGAACAUUCUACAUCCAAAGCAUAUAGUCCAACUACAUUUGAUGCUGGCCAAAGGAUCCCGCUUCAGGAAACACCUGUGACCGGAUAGUGUUCACAAGUGAAAAUUGCCUCUGAAAAGCCUGGGGUGGGGAAAACCCCCAUGCUAACUAGUUCAAUAUCGGAGAACAAGAACAGCCAUAUGCGACAUGCAGAGUCUUGUGGCAUCUGCUGGGCGGUCUCCAGGUGUUACUAGACUACAAUUCCCCUCAUCCCUAGCUAGCAGGACCAUCCAGCGACACCUGGGGAGGGACCUGAGGUUGGGAAAGGCUGAGCUAGAGUGUCGCACCCGUGCCCGCGAGACCAGGAUUCAAACAACCAUUUGCUCAUGAAGCCAGCUGCCCAGUGGGGAUAAAACGGGGAAGGGGAGAAUACGCUGAUCUCCCGGGAAUAAAGGAAGGGUGUAAAUAGGAUAAUACAUAAUAGCUAAGAAUCAAAACACGACGCCGAUCCCAUCAUUCUGCACCCCCCUUACCCCCUUCUCAAUCCCGGGCCCUCCCGCAACCUCUUUUGCACCUACCUCAACGGAGACCUCUCCUCAACUUCACCCCAAAGGGCGCAAGUCUCCCCUUCCACCCGCCCCGCCCCCUCAGCCCCCCUCCCCACUGCAGGCGGUCUCUAUGACAACCCACCUGAGCCCCGCCCCCUUCCGCCGCUCUCCUCAGCCGCGCUCCCUCCUCCCACCGCACUGCCCCUCUUCUCUUCCCGCCCCCUCCCGCCCACUUUAUUUUUCGGGGGCGGGGGGUCCAACCUUUCGCCGCCGGGUCCCAGCAAACACUCUACCACAGGCACUUCCGGCGUGAGCACCUGACGUCAUCUUCCUCGCGCCUCUUUCCCGCCCCGGAUUUUAGAGUCACUUCCGUCCGGAAACGGAAACUUUUUUUAAAAAGUCUAACUUAAGGUACCCAUAGAGAUAGAAAUGUAGAGCAUUUUCUGAACCACCGAUAUAAAAUGUGAACGGUGACACCAUUGGACAUGAUUCUCUUGCACUGCUACAAAGUCUCUCGAAAUUCUCUCUAGAGACCGACGGCCCUCCAAUGCUCUUUACAGCAUUGGAAAACCAGUUGAAAUUGAGAACGGGAGUUGCCAUUGUGUAUUGUUGACGAUGUGUGGCUCUUCAUUUUUCUAUAUCUUUGGUUUUUUCCUUUCUCCUUCCAGGGCACAAGAGAGGCCGAGCCGGAAGUACAAUCACAUGGGGGAAAGGAUUUAAUCGACUGAGUUUCUGGUCCGUUGUUAUUUUCCUCUCUACCCUGAAAACGUGGUCCCAACUGUUUAGUUCCGCUUUGCAGUAGAUUCUCAAGAUUGUAGUUGCCGGCUUUAAUUUGGAGGUGAAGAGGGAUGCUUUAGUCCUUGGACGGGAAGGGAAGGUGAGUUUGUGCCGCCCAAAGCCUCCCCCAAUAUUUUUUCCUUACAUUAUCCCGCUUCCACCCUUCUUCAACUAGAUUUUAAUUCAUUCUCUCUCCUAAGUUCCCUAAUUUUGCACGCUUUCUGCCAAGCUCUCCGGUCCGAGGCUAUUUUAACAGUCUAGCGUCGCAUUCUGUACUUCCACAGGGGUCUUGGGGAGGGGUUUUCCCAGGCCUGCUACUAAAGUUGGAGGCUGAUCCUGGGACAUGACCCACGACUUCUCUGGUGAAACAAGUUUUGUGCGUUGGGGGUGUUGGAUUGUGAGAUGACACCCAAGAAGAGCACUACAGAUAUGGUUAAUAGCGCCUAUGUGGUGCCAGAGAGAAAUAGUGCCUUGUCCCUUGUGUGCCAGUGAGGGACGUGUGUCUUCCUUUGUGGGGUUCUCUGACUGUGGGGUUCCUGAUGUUCCGUCUCCCUCAGCAAAUGCCCGCUUUGCGUUUUACUAGCCCUUUGGAAUUGCAGUACUUUUCAGGCUGGCUGCCUGUUUACUCAGUCCAUCCCUCUUGCCUAACAAUACAGGGCAGAAGAGCAUGGGCGUAGUCAGGGCUUUUGUUGGGGCGGGGGCAGAACCGACGUGAUUCGUCAGUUAUUUUCAUUGUUUUACUUGAUGUAGGGACGGGCAGCUGCCCCUCCUGCCCCCCCCCUUUGCUACGCCCAUGCAGAAGAGUGGUGAUCAGCAAAGAUCAGGAGUUGAGUCACAGCUUGUCACGAGAGGGAGCGACCCCAACUGCCUUGAAGAUGGUGGUUGUGAGGCCACUCCCAAAUAAAUUUCCCUAGAUCUUGAAAUUGUUCCAGCUUCAGGACCAGUUGCAAGUGUUACCAUUUGGGGCAAGGUGUUCAGGCAGGUGGUGGCUGUCCAGUUGUUCUUGGAUGACCCAGAUUAGAGGGAGACUGGCACAAAGUGAUCCCCAUUAGUUUGCUGGCAGAACAUGGAUUUGCUCCUAGAUUUCUCUAGCUCAAAUCUGAUGCUCCACAGGAAAGCAUGUGAUUGACUGAACAAAUACAGAGUGCCUUUUCUAUGAUACCAUCACACCUAGUCUCCUUUCCCAACCUUUCUGGAUUGCUUGAUACUCUUCAAUAACCUUUUUGAGAUGGGGCAGCUGGAACUGUACCAAGUAUUCUCAUUAUGGGCCCCCUCUAGAUGUCCUUUUUAUCCUGCAUUCCUGGUGAUUUGGUAUCAGGGCAGUUAUACAUGAUCCUGUUUCCCAUAUUGUUUUGCGCAUGUGCAUGCCCUGCUAGCUUCCUGCUGAAAUAUGAAAUUUUUUCAUGCCACAAACGUUCAGGAGGAGAGGGGCUUUGUUGUAGUAGCUGUUAUUGUGCUGAAGUUCCCCUAUAGAUGGCAGUAAAGUAGUAACAGUGAAAAAGCAUUGCAGAAAAGUAAUGAAAUGCACUGAUACAGUGGUACCUCAGGGUAAGUACUUAAUUCGUUCCGGAGGUCUGUACUUAACCUGAAACUGUUCUUAACCUGAAGCACCACUUUAGCUAAUGGGGCCUCCCGCUGCCGCCGCGCCGCCGGAGCACGAUUUCUGUUCUCAUCCUGAAGCAAAGUUCUUAACCUAAAGCACUAUUUCUGGGUUAGCGGAGUCUGUAGCCUGAAGCAUAUGUAACCUGAAGCAUAUGUAACCCGAGGUGCCACUGUAUGUGGAUAAUCUAGUAUGAAUCCAGCACUAAUGCUCUGUUCAAUGACAUGUUGCAGAGUACACCCACCUACCGCAAAAAAAAGCACCAGUCUGGAGAGGAUGUCAUGAGACCUGCAGUCCUAUUGGGAUUUGGUUGGCAUGCUCUGAUGAAGUAGGAAUAAAUGGGGGAGGGGGCUGAAGUGGGAUAAUCUGGGUUGGAGGAGGAUUAGGGGUACCUCCCCUCUCCACCCCAAGUCCAGUUGCUUUGGAAGGGGAAGCAGCUAUGCCAGCUCUUUCCUCCAACCUUGCUGCAGAGCAGGAAGCAUCAGUAACAGCUAGGAAGGCUGAACAGGAGGUGGCAGCGACUGAACAAGACCCUGAGCAGGAGGGUGCUGCCUUGCCCUCUAGGAUCAGGAUCUGCCUUCACAAAUGGUAACAGAUCCACAUACCCCAACAGAAUGCACAUUUGCAGUUCCAACAUCGCCACAAGGCAAGAUAGUGAGGGCACUAUGUUUUAACAGGCAGAGUGUAUAAACUUGUUGGAACAUUUUUGGUGCUUCCAUCCAGUUCUGAAUAACUUGCUCUUCUCCUGAACUUCCCAAGUCUUGGGUCUGCUGCUGAGCCUGUACUUCCAAGUAAGAGCUUCUGCUUGCAUGUGUUGGAUGGGAGUCAGGACAGUGCCCUACAAUCCUGCCCAGCAACAGUGUCCUAUACUUUUUGCUUUACACCCAGCCUGAUGAAAGCCUUUCCUAGCUUCUUUGAGACCUUUCCUUUGGGUAUAUUAACAGUAGUUUCCCACUGUUAUUUUUGGAUCAUUGAGGGUUAUGGUGUUCUCAGUUCUCAGAGUGCCAGUCCUUACAUUGCCAAAAGGGUACCAUCCACUCAUACAAGAGGGAGGUAUCUGUAGGCUCUGAGGAACCCCCUGGCCUCCCUGUAACAAAACCUAGCCCACUGAAGUCUUGAACAUGCUCAGGAUCCAUAGAAUGCUGAGUGUGUUGAGAUGGAAAACAUGGGAAUGAGAGGGAAUGAAAUGGAGUGCCCUGGAAGAGGGCAUGGCUGGCUAGCUGGAACCCUGAACAAGAGCAGUUCAUGCUACAAAGUUUUGUUUCAGUUCCCCCUUCUGGCCAGCUGCAGUUUUGUCUCAUUUUCAAAAAUGAAGGCAGCAAUGUAUGGCUGAGGAAGCAAAAUAGGUCACAAGACUUUCAUUUGCUACUUCUUGCUUAUGAUCUUCAUCUCCCCCCUUCUCUAUUUUUGGUUCUAUUUUAAAGUCUUCAGGGCUAAGAAACAGACAUCAUUUGCUGGGCAGAAUUGCAUUCUCUGCCACCAAUGGGAGAUAUGGCAUCUGAGGAAACCAGACCCCUUUUGAGUACUGAGACAGAACUGCCUGCUCAAAGACCCUCUCCGCUGGAGAUCUAUCUGAGGUGUGUGUAUUUAUCUGGCUUUUGCUUUUGGAAAACCGUCAAAAUGCAGUUGUUCUAGUUAUGCCCUGCUGGCCAGGAAUAUAAGGCUUUGCCAAAUAUGGACUGAGGGACAAACAAGGUCCUAAUGUUGGUUAUCUACAAGUCCAGUAGUCAGCCUCUGCCCCUCUGCCCCUUUGCCCUCACACUGUAUGAGCUGUUUGUAAUGGAGUUUAAUGAAUGACAUCUCUGCUUGCCAGAUUCUGAAUUGUUGGCUCAACAGAAUCACCCUGAGAGGUUUUCCAAAUCUGAUUGAGAAUCUUGGAACAAGAGAGCUUUUCUUCUAAAUGCAUAAUCUGAGCUGUUUCUGAUGUUCAGGCAUGCCAAUCCUUGCACAGCCCAAAUGGCACCAUUUGUACACAAUAUAACAGCAGGCUUGGAGGGGGAGUGUUUAGUGGCGGGGGGCAGGGUCCCAAGGGAGGGAAACUCUUUCAAAAGCAGGCCAGUGACGACUGAGCAUGCUUGUUAUCUGUGGAAUGUUGACUGCUGGGAGAGAGAUUCAGAAGGUGAGGAAAUGGAAUGGAUAAUCCAUGAAAAGGGCAUGUCUGGCUAGAACACUCCAUUCUGCAACAUUUGCUUGCUGUUUUUCUUUUUUGGUGUUUUCAUUGAGUUCUCUACCACAAUCCCAAGAUGCUGGUCAGUCAUCUCCAUUUGAAGACCCUAUCAUUGUUUUGUGUGAAAGCUGGAUGUGAGUGUAGAAGCAACUCUCCCAUCCUGCAGUUUCCAGCACCUUGUAUUCAGAAGCAGACUGCCUCUGACAGUGGAGGCAGAACAUUGUCAUUUUGGCUAGUAGCCGUUUAUUGGCUUGUGAAUUUGCCUAAUCUUUUAAAGCCAUUUACUGAACCAGCUUUACAAAUGGGACCUAUUGGGUGACAGUAAAAGGUAAAGGACCUCUGGAUGGUUAAGUCCAGCCAAAGGCGACUAUGGCGUGCAGUGCUCAUCUUGCUUUUCAGGCUGAGGGAGCCAGCAUUUGUCCACAGACAGCUUUCCGGGUCAUGUGGCCAGCAUGACUAAACUGCUACUGGCGCACGGAGGACCAUGAUGAGUGCCAGAGCACACGGAAACACUGUUUACCUUCCCGCCACAGUGGUAACUUUUUAUUUGCUUGGAGACAGUAUCACCCAUAGAGAAGAUGUUAUCAGUUAUCCCUAAUCACAUCUUGUUGCCACAGCUGUGCCUUCAUAAUUGAGUGGGAGCUACACAGCACAUCCCUUCCUAUUGUCUUACACCAGGGGUGGGGAAUGUGGCCUCUUCAUUUGACCCUUGGAACUAUUCUGGAACUAUUCUCUGGUCCUGUGUCUCCCACUCCUCCCGGCCCUGUUUCGCACCCAUAAUAUUUUUGCCUGGCAGGAAUUAGUCCUUUAACUUUGACAAUGCCCCUUGGUGGAACUGGGAAGUAUCCCCCAUCUCAAUCCCUGGAGGCCAGCUGCCAGUCAGUGUAAUGGACUGACUUGGUAUAAGGCAGUUUCCUGCAGGCUUAAAUAUUUGUGUGUUUGGGUGCUAAACUAAAUAGAUGUAGUGAUGGCCACCAACUUGGAUGGCUUCAGAAGAGGAUCAGACAAAUUCAUGAAGGGUGUGGCUAUCUGUGGCUACUAGCUGCAGUGGCUAUGCGUUCUUCCUCCACUGUCACACACCUCUGAAUGCCAGUUUCUAGGAAUCACAGCUAGGGAGAACACUGUGGUGCUCAGGUCUUGCUUGUGGGCUUCCCAAGACAUCUAAUUGGUCACUGUGAGAACAGGAUGCUGGAACAGGUGGACCAUUGGCUUGAUCCAGCAGAUUGUUCUUAUGUUCUUAAACAGUUUCUUUCAAAAGAAAGAGUCAGCGGAAGCACUAAUACAUCUGCAUCUGCAACUGAAAGAUCUGAAACAAAAGCGUGUGAUCUUUUCAGGUGUCUGCUGAGCUGCAUCGUCUGCAAAAAAGGGCAGCUGUUUGUGUGUCUCUCCCCCACCCCCAUAUUUUUCAUUUUCACUUCUUGUGCAGCAAGGUCCAAAAUCAGAAUCUCUUCCUGGCUACGUUUGCUGCUGUGCUGGGACCACUAAGCUUUGGAUUUGUCCUUGGCUACAGUUCGCCGGCUAUUCCGAGCCUAAAGAAAGUUAGCAACCCGGAAUUAAGGUUGGAAGACAUUCAAGCAUCUUGGUUUGGGGUAAGUCUUCUGCUCCAUAAGCAAAGGAAGGGCAAUACUUCAGUGGCAGAGCAUCUCCUUUGUGUGCAGAAGAUCCUAGGUUCAUUCUCCAGCAUCUUCAGGUGGAGCUGGAAUUGUCCCUUCCUAAUACCCUGGAGACCUGCAGCACGGCAGUGUUGAUAGCACUUCACUAGAUGAACCCCUGUGAAAUGACGUUAUAUAAGGCAGCUUCCUGUGUUCUUCUGUUGGCUUGAUAAUAUGGGGUGGAAAAUAAAUGCUUAUUGACUUGUGCCAGAGUAUAGAGACAUAUGGGACGCAGGUGGCGCUGUGGGUUAAACCACAGAGCCUAGGACGUGCCGAUCAGAAGGUCAGCGGUUCGAAUCCCCGUGAUGGGGUGAGCUCCCGUUGCUCGGUCCCUGCUCCUGCCAACCUAGCAGUCCGAAAGCACGUUAAAAUUCAAGUAGAUAAAUAGGUACCUCUCCGGCGGGAAGGUAAACGGCGUUUCCAUGCACUGCUCUGCAUGCUGGCCACAUGACCCGGAAGCUGUAUGCCGGCUCCCUCGGCCUGUAGAGCAAGAUGAGCGUGCAACCCCAGAGUCGGGCACGACUGGACCUAAUGGUCAGGGGUCCCUUUACCUUGUAUAGAGACAUAGGAAGGUUUAUUGAGUCAGAUCAUUCUUCCAUCUAGUCCAGCACUCUUGAUUGUCAGCAGCUCUCCAGAGUCUCUAUCUACCUUCUACCAAAUCAGUACAUCGGCUCAUCUAGCUUAGUACUGUCUACACUGACUGUCAGCAGCUCUCCAGGGUUUUAGGCAGAGAUUCCCCCACAGUCCAACUUGGAGAUGUCGAUGAUUAAACCUGGGACCAUGAGCAUGCAAAGCUGAUGUCCCACCAUAGAGCUAGGGCCCCCUCCCUUAAAAAUAAAGGAGGAUUCUAGUCCUCAAUAGUUCUUGCUGAAUCAAACAGGAACAUAGGAAGUCACCAUAUACAGAGCAGGGGAGAGGUGUGUAUGUCGCCUCCGAACACCUUGCAGGAUAGGUCAGAUAUAAAUGUCAUUUAUACUGUGCCAUAAUUGCAUACACCAAAUCUUGGGUUAGUUAAUGUGAUCGAAAGGGGCAGGAAUCUACAGUCAGAAACUGUUCAGUUGUGAGAGUCAGUUCCUUUUUCCUUUUUCUUUUGCAGUCUGUCGUAACGCUGGGCGCUGCAGCAGGCGGGAUUCUGGGGGGAUAUGUCGUGGAUAAAUUUGGCCGGAAGCUUACCCUGAUGCUGUGUGCCAUCCCAUUCGUUUUUGGCUUCACAAUCAUAAUCUCAGCUCAGAAUGUCUGGAUGCUUUAUGUGGGCCGGCUACUGAAUGGCUUGGCCAGUGGGGUAACAUCCUUGGUGGUCCCGGUAAGAGAUGGCCUGCCCUGUCCUUUCUCAUUGCAGUUUUGUGGAAAGAGAGCCAUCUGCUGAAUGCCAGAAUCUGCAUUUUACUGAGUUGGAGACCAUUAACCCAUCUAGUUCAGUAUUAUCUAUUAAGGGGAUGGGGAAUUUCAGGCCCAGAGGCCUAAUUGCACUGUUAAUUAGGGAAUUUCAGUACUUGAUUCUGAUUUUGUCACCUGUAUCUACGUACACCUGUCUCUGAUUGCCUUGAUUCUAUAAGAAAAACAGGGAUACACUACUGACCCGCCCUCUCUUUUUUCUUGUUGUAUUGAAAAAAUGCAAAAUUCUGCAAAUGCAAAAACAAAUAAAAUAUAUCCUUUUCUCUGUAUGACUUGAACAAGACUCCCUUCCCCUUUUGUCCACGCUGUAGGUAUAUAUUUCUGAAAUAGCCCACUCCAAAGUUCGAGGGAUGCUAGGAUCGUGCGUUCAGCUGAUGGUGGUGACUGGCAUCUUGGGAGCUUAUAUAGCAGGUACACCCAUGUGGCUCUGUUGUGUUCUUGGGUUUGCACAUUUUCUCUUGCACACAUCAUCGUGGGAUACAAGUACACCAACCAACACCUGUGGAUGGUGUUGGCACAGAAUGUUGUGGGAAACUGAGUGGGAAGAGGGAGUGGAGUACAGUGGUACCUCAGGUUAAGAACUUAAUUCGUUCUGGAGGUCCAUUCUUAACCUGAAACCGUUCUUAACCUGAGGUACCACUUCAGCUAAUAGGGCCUGCUGCUGUGCUGCCACCACGCGAUUUCUGUUCUCAUCCUGAAGCAAAGUUCUUAACCCAAGGUACUAUUUCUGGGUUAGCAGAGUCUGUAACCUGAAGCAUCUGUAACCCGAGGUACCACUGUACCUUGAAAGGAGAGGGUAUGACUGUCUGCUUUCAUACCUUUGAGCAUUUUUGCUUGGGUGGAAAGUGUCCUUGAAUUCUGAUCAUUCCUCUUGCUUGCCUGAAUGAUUGGUAGAGAGUUGGUGUGUGAGAAUGUGUGCAGAUACUAGCCUACUGUACAAAGGCAAUAUCUGCAUUCCUUUCUCACGUUUGCCUCUGGCCUCACCCACCACGGGCGCCAACGGGCACUCUGUCUUAACGGAAUACAUCACUUGAAUUCUGGGGGAGCUGUUUGCAGCUAUAACGUGCACCAGCUUGCAUUUAGCCUUCUGGGCAUGACAAAAGCUGCCAAGUGUCCUUUAUUCCUUGCCCCUAAGAACGGCUCUUCUUCUUUUGGGUCUCCUCCCUCAGGCACAGGGCUGGACUGGCGCUGGCUGGCUGUACUGUGUUCCGUCCCACCAUGUUUUAUGCUGGUACUUGUGGCUUUCAUGCCCGAAACGCCUCGUUUCCUGCUGAGCCGGAAUCAGCGGCCAGAGGCCAUUGCUGCUCUGCAGUUCCUGCGGGGGCCCCUGGUGGACCAUGAGUGGGAAUGCAGGGAGAUUGAAGUGAACGCCGAAGGACAGGUAAGUGGAGCAGGAACCAUACUGAAACCAGGCACGUUCUUGGGUUGCAAGGGUGGGAAAGGUGGCAGGAGAAUGCACCUGCCUCUUCUCCCUGCUAGCUCAGCUCUCUCCAGCUUUAGGCUUUUCAGGGGAGGAGGGUAGAAGCCUGAAGUGUUUUCCAUCUGGUAUAGAGACGCAGGUGGCGCUGUGGGUUAAACCACAGAGCCUAGUGCUUGCCAAUCAGAAGGUCGGCGGUUUGAAUCCCCGCAACAGGGUGAGCUCCCGUUGCUCGGUCCCUGCUCCUGCCAACCUAGCAAUUUGAAAGCACGUCAAAGUGCAAGUAGAUAAAUAGGUACCACUCCGGCAGGAAGGUAAACAGCAUUUCCGUGCGCUGCUCUGGUUUGCCAGAAGCGGCUUAGUCAUGCUGACCUGGAAGCUGUACGCCGACUCCCUUGGCCAAUAAAGCGAGAUGAGCACCGCAACCCCAGAGUCGUCCGCGACUGGACCUAAUGGUCAGGGGUCCCUUUACCUUUACCUUUUACCUCCUGGUAUAAUCUGGCAGAUGCUAACUGCCCCCUGACAUUCUUUUCCUCUGCUGCUGAACUGCUCAGUAGUCAACCCCUUGCUGGAACUGCACAGGAAUCAGCAGCAGUUUUGCAAACAGAACAGGGGGUGGCCUGGUACAGCCACUUACAGUCAUGUCCACCCUGUCAGGGGGGCUGGGGUGAGGUCUGCUUUGCCACUUUGCCAGCAGGAUUGAACUUGCUGCUCGGCAGCUGAUGAGUGGGGAAGGUUCAACCCUUCCCUUUGUAGGGGUCUGCAUUGUCAUCGUGUUUCUCCCUGCAGGGAACAUAGUGGCGAAGCAGCAACUGGCAGCGCUGAACUCUCUGCUCCCCAGCUGAUGAGUGAAGGGUGCAAUCCUCCACUCUGCAGGGGUUUGUUUUGCUCACGUUUCCCUGCAGGGAACGUGCUGGCAAAACAGUAGCCAGCAGGAUUGACAUCAGCUAAUGGGCAGGUGGGCAUGGUUUUGGGGAAAUGGCCCAGCCGGCCAAAUUGGUUGUCCUCAUGGGCCAAGAUUCCUAGUUCAGUCCCUGACAUCUGCAGCCAGGGUGCUGGGAUCUCUACCUCAGACCCCAGAGGGGUACAGUUGCCCUCAACACUGAAACACUGGCUAUGUCUUCCUUUGCAGGAGGAGCUAAGUCUGGCCGAGUUUAAGAAUCCAGCCAUUUACAAGCCAUUCUUCAUUGGUAUCGCCAUGAUGUUCUUCCAGCAAGUGUCGGGGAUCAAUGCCAUCAUGUUUUAUGCGGAAACCAUCUUUGAAGAAGCCAAAUUCAAGGUGGGGGGCUCCUCUGUCCUCUUAACACCUUGGAUGCAGCCAUUCUCAUUCAUAUCUUGGUCAGAUGCCCAAGAAUUGGACACAGUAUUCCAAGUGUGGUCUGACUAAGACACAAUAGAGUGGUACUAUUACUUCCCUAGGGCUUCUGUUGAUGCAGCCUAGAAUAGUAUUAGCUUUUCCUUGCAGCUGCAUCACACAUUUUCAAAUAUUUGAGAUUUUUAUUUAUUUCUUGCUGUUGUGUGUUUUCAGGAGAGUGGUGCUGCUUCCAUCAUUGUGGGAUCCAUCCAAGUCUUUUUCACUGCUGUGGCUGCUCUUAUUAUUGAUAGAAAAGGUCGAAAAGUCCUUCUGGUCGUAUCAGGUAUUGCAGAAAAGCUAUCCUUCCAGUGUGAAGUGUAGGAUUCUGUGCCUUUGCAGGUUAAUUUAAUGUGGAACACCAUGAACAGCUGGAUAAAAUUUUCUGGUGGUGGAUGUCCAGCAAGGCACGCUUUUAUGUGUUUGAAAUAACUAGCCUUAGGGCCUUAGGUCAGUGGUUGGACAUAAUCCCCAGCAUACCCCGGCAGGACACACACACACACUCUCUCUUUGUGCUUGUGUGUGUGUGAGAGAGAGAGGGGGUGGGUGGGAGGCAAAGGAUGCUGAACUAGGUGGUCCAUUGCUCUGAUCCAGCACAGCUCUUGUUACAUACACUCUUGUUCCCAAACCGUAUACCGUAUUUUUUGCUCUAUAAGACUCACUUUUUCCCUCCUAAAAAGUAAGGGGAAAUUUGUGUGCGUCUUAUGGAGCGAAUGCAGGCUGCGCAGCUAUCCCAGAAGCCAGAACAGCAAGAGGGAUUGCUGUUUUCACUGCGCAGCGAUCCCUCUUGCUGUUCUGGCUUCUGAGAUUCAGAAUAUUUUUUUUCUUGUUUUCCUCCUCCAAAAACUAGGUGCGUCUUGUGGUCUGGUGCGUCUUAUAGAGUGAAAAAUGCGGUAACUAGGUGUUCUGUUAACUAUUUAUCUCAUCUUUCCUAGGGUUCAUUAUGGCUAUCAGUGCUGCCAUCUUCGCGGUCUAUUGCAAAAUGGCUCUCCCAGUCCCCAUCAACUCCUCCCAUGCCAGCCCACCAAGCUCCAUUCUGAGUGCUGCUGUUGUGGAAGAAGAUCACCACCUUGCGUGGUUGGCGGUGUUGAGCCUGGGCCUCUUCGUCAUGGGUUAGUGGGCACUUUUGCUGCGGUUGCUGUACCCACAAAAGCUAGUCUAUAUAGAUCCAUCCACCUAGAGAAUUCUGGGUCUUUUGGUGCCUUGAGGAGUUUCCCAGCCACGUAGCAAAGGUUGAGUAUGCUUUGACUACGUGGAUGCUUCCCACACCAGAAUGCCCUCUCUGCUGCAGCAGCAGGUGAUGCAGACACAGGAAAUACACAUGUCGGAAGAGUCCUGUUUGAUCAUGAGAAAGCCCUUGAUUCCUCCUCCGCUGGAAUCCAGCUUUUUUGAGGUCAGAUUAAUGACCUGCUUAUUGGUAGCCUAGUGCCUGUGGAGCAUAGACCUUAGGGGUAGGGAAACUUUCUUCAGCCAGAGGGUCACAUUUGGGGGGGGGCAGUGUUCCACAAGGCUCAUGUGCUGGUGGUGGGUGGGGCCAGAGUAACACAUGUUCAGUUUUACAAUAGGCUGGUUUCUACACACAUAUUCAGACACCCCUCUCUAUCCUCCAUCCAUGCAAGCAAGUGGCAUGAUCUGAGUUCAAUGACACAUUCCGGCCAGGCAAAAGUGUGCAAGGAGGGUGUGGGUCCUGGGGUCUUGAAAGCUAGGUGGAGGGGCCUGACAGGGGCUCUUUUGAAGAUGCUGUUGAGGGAGCCUCUCCCUGGGUUGCACAACCUCCUCCACAUUGCUGUUGCUGCUGGCUGUUUGCUUGCAUUGAGCUGCACUACUGCUCAGAAAGAGACAACAUAUUGUGUGAGUGGUGGUGGAUACCUCUCCUCCUUACCAUCACUGCUUGCUGACUUGGAGAAGGGCAGGCAAACAGGAAGAGGCAAUGAGGAAGGAGAGCAGCAAGGUUGGGUGGCUAUGGGGGUUGUUGUGUACCUGCUGGGGUGUGGUCUUAGAUACUUGCCAAGCAAUGGCUACCCCCUGAUGCCAGUCCUGGGCAUAGAACUCCUGCCUCACUCAAGUCGACCUCUUAAAAGUACCCUUGCAUUAUUAUUAUUUUCAAGUGUGUUUACCCUGCUCUUCAUCCAAAAGGCUCCCAGAGCAGCUUAUGAAAAUUGAUAAUACAGUCCCUGCAGUCUGUAUGGCAUGUCAUGAAAGGAAAAGGAUUGGGAAAGGAGCAGGGGGAAGCAAACUUGGCACUAUUUCUUUCUUAUAAUGGCAGCUAUGAUGUGAAGAGUUCAACUGAGCAGCCAAAAGUUGCUCCUCUUUAAGCUGAGCUGAUGGAGUGGCACUGCUUCUCUUCUCCUCCUUUAGCCUAAUGAAAUGGCUGCUAUCAAGUGACUGUUGAUGGAGAGAAGAGCCCAAUGGACGCUGGCUUCCAAGCUGAACCAGUGGAGUGGCUCUGCUUCCCUUCUCUCCUUCAGCUACAGCCUGUUGCUAGAUAACAUGUGAGGAAGAGGGGAAGCCUUGUCUAGUUGUAUCUUUCUGGUUUCCAAUCAGGGUUGCCUGUUCAUUACUGAUCUUGCUCAGUUCAGGGAAACCUCUGCUAACUGUGCUCUCAAUGAGUUCGCUUUCUCCUUCCUCUGCAACCUACAGGCUUUGCCUUGGGCUGGGGCCCGAUCCCAUGGCUGUUGAUGUCUGAAAUAUUCCCUCUCCGAGCUCGAGGCGUAGCCAGUGGUGCCUGCGUCUUAACAAAUUGGCUCAUGGCUUUUCUGAUCACCAAGGAGUUCCAUGACCUCAUGGUAAGCAAGGAUCACAGCAGAAUGGUUUACAGCAGGAGUGGGAACAGUGGCCCCCAUUUUCUUUUCAGCAACCUUCUGGGGACCACGUGCCAGUGGCAAAAAUGGGUUGUUGGAUUCUUUUUGCCUACCAUAUGCAAGGAUCCUGCUAGGGUGAAAAGCGGUAACCACGUUGUGACGUAGCCAGUGGAAGGACUAGGAGUCUCGGCUGCUUUUGCGACAGAGUUCUCAUGCUUACUGAGAGCAUCAGCCUGUGUCUGCAGUUACUACAGACAUGCUAGGUUUCUGCAUGCAGGGAUAUUCUGGAUGAGAAAACAUUCUCUUAUGUUGGGCAUGGGGAACCUUUGACCCUCUGGAUGUUGCUGAAGUACAACUCCCAUGAGCCCUAGCAAGUGUGGCUGAUGGCCAGGGAUAAUGUAAGUUGUCAUUCAUCUACACCUAGAAGGCCAAAGGUUCCCCAUUUGCCAUCUCAAGAGUACAGCUCAACCACCUUGGUACUGCUUCUGGUUCUUAAUCAGACAUCUCUUUCUCUUCUGCCCCAGGUCUUCCUGACGCCUCAUGGUACUUUCUGGUUGUUUUGUGCCAUGUGUUUCUCCAACGUGCUCUUUACCAUACUCUUCGUUCCUGAAACCAGAGGGAAAAGCCUAGAAGAGAUAGAGGCCUACUUCCAAAGAUCACAUUAGCUGUUUGCAAUCUUAGUGGGAGAACUUUUCCCCUUGGUCUUGGACUUAAGGUGUGGGUGGUGGUGGCUGGUGGGACCCAACCCUUCUUCAGAGAUUUGCACAAAUGUAAAGUCUUCACCGGGUUCAACUGGGUCCAGAGAACUGUCUGGGGUGUAGGUGUGGUCAAGAUGAAAGGCAGGUUCAUUUUGUGUGGGCAAUGACCUACCACUUUUCAGUAUUACAGCACUACAUACAGUAUUACAGAACGGCAGGCACUGUUCAGUUUUCUGCCAUCUAGAACAAGGUGAUUAAGAAUUGGUUUUGAACAAAACAUUGCUUUUCUCUGUUCGUUGGCCAUGUUCUGUGUGGCCAGCCUUUUCUUCUUCUGCUGAGGACUGUAUUCCUCGGGAGGGGGGGACCUGAUGGGAGGGUCAUCCUGGUAGUAGGUGGGGCUAGAGCCAAAAGUGGGUGCCCUCUCCCCUGGGCUCAACCUCUUCCUCUUUCUGCCAUCACUACCUCUCUCUGCUGUCACUUCCUUUCUCUCUGUGCCUAGAAAGCUCUCACGAACUACCUUCUAAUUCUGUGUAAUCUGGGCCUACUCUAUAGGUGUAGAGGAGUGAGGCAAAGAGUCCUGAAAAGGCACAUUGAGCAUUGCACACAACGCGCACAAAAAACCUAGCAAAAGAGGGAAACAGGGUCUGACUUAGCCAACGUCACCAGACUAUUUUGCACCCCAAGGUUUCUCACACAAACAGCAGCAUUUUAAAAUGAGAUGCACCCAUGCUGUCUGAAGUGGUAUGCUACCAGUUCUUUCCAUGGUAUGUGUAGAUUUUAAUGCAGAGGGGUUUAAAGCGGCCAAAGGUUUGUUCUCAUUUGCACACGAAACGUUAGACUUUGGCAAUCACGUGGGAUAUUUUUAAAUGAAUGGGUUCGGCAUACUGCUGCCCACUAUUGCCCCCUCCUCUGGUUCUUGAGUCCUGUUCUGGAGGUUAGAAAUGCUGAAACUGGGAAAUGAUAAAUCUCAUUCCCAUGAUUGCAUUUCUUGUCAAUCUCUGCCCAAAGGUGACUCCAUCUAAAAUCAUGUGAUGGGGUGGAUAGGGAUUGGACCCAGUUCUGCUAGUAAGGUUCCAAAGUCUUCGUUUCCAGACUUCUAAUCUUGUUUUGUGGAAUAAAGGUUCAAGGAUAUGGUGCUAUGUGGAAUAAACCAAUAUAUUGAAUUCCAUCUGAUGCUUUGGGCAAAUCAUCUUUGUUUUAUUAAUGUUCCGUAAUGUGCCGUAAAUAACACCGAGGGACAAACUAGGGAGGUCUACUGUCCCAUUUUUUGACCAGAACGUAAACUUCUGCUCAUCAACUAGUUUUCCAGGAUGUUGAGUUUAUGGGGGGGGGGAGCUUCCAGGUCAGGAGUGGGGAUUCAUGCACAUUCCUCUCUCCCAGUUAGAAUUCAUUACAAUUUCUACUUUCAAAUCUAUUAUUAAAUUUCCUCCUAGACACAUUUUUCACUUGGGUCUGCUGCACUGAGUCGGUCAUCCUUAAUCUGAAAGGUGUAGAAUGGAGUAUAGGAAUGUGUGUGCCGUUUUUGUGGGCUUGUGGUAGAAAAAACACACUGGAGGAUUUCUCCCACCCAGUAUCUAGUAACUGAAAUAUUGGGCACAAUCUAACCAAUUCAUUAGUGAAAUUGUUAACCAGAAUAUGUUAUUACGUAUUUUAUUAUGAAUUGCCUUUUUAAUAAUGCUUAUUUUUUUACAUUUCUUUUAAAACAGAGUAGAGAUGGCUUGGGGUUUUAUUUUUAAGGUGCACUUUAUAAAAUGGUUUUGAGGUUUAGAUGUUUCUACUGAGUAAGAAAUCUUUGAUGGCAAAGGAUUUCCCCCCCAAAUAUAUACCAAAAUAAUUCUUUCUUUCUUUCUUUCUUUCUUUCUUUCUUUCUUUCUUUCUUUCUUUCUUUCAUCAAGUGUGGGGAAUUUUUGACCUUUCAGAUGCUGCUGAACCACAACUUGCAUUGUUAGUGAGCAACACCUAGCAGACACAUGCCUGGUGCAUGUUUUAAGUCUUUCUGCCUGAUCCUGUGAAUGUCUCCUCAAAUGCAAGUCCCACACAAUUCAAUGAGACUUGCAGGUGUGGACAAGAUUGCUUUCUCCGCCCCCGCCCCCCAAAUAUCAGUGUCAAGGAGUGUGUCCAACAUGAGUGAUAACAAUCUAUGGUGUUGUCUAUCUUAUGUUUGUCUCAUUUGUUACACACAUGCACCCCAAGGGGGCAGAAGAAGAGACCAAAUGUCAUAAAUAUUUAUUACAUAUCAAGGAAGUAAAGAAAAGAAAAACCCUACAGUUCAUUUUACAGCUGUGGUCUAUGGAACUUUUAGAACAGAUUUCUGCCAUUAUAUUCGUAUUGUGAUUCUCUUUCUUUACAGGCUACAUUUGAAAACACAAAAGAGGGAAAACAAUAAUAAAAAUAAUAACAAUACAUUAUUACUUUAGCAUUUAAAAACAAUGGCAAUACAAUCGAGUUUAAGACACUUGGUGGUAAUUUAAACUUUGAGACUCACAAGAGGGGAAGCCACAGCCCAACAGUACAUAAUCGGUGAAAAGUACAAAACCCCACUAGAUAACAGUCAAGGGACAGGAUCCAGCAAAAGUUUGGUGCGACGAAAGCAGCAGCCUUAUGGAUGAUGACCUAAGGACUAAGCUUGAUGGAACACAUUUGCACCUGUUUCCAAGUAAACAUGCAGAGGAUGGGAAAGGGCUGUAGCUCAGGGUCAGAGCUAGGCUCAAGCCCUGGAAUCUCCAGGUAGUGCUUGGAAGGCAACCUGUCCAGGAUCUUGGGCUGCUGCUGCCAGUAAAUGCAGACACUACUGAGCUAGGUAGACCUAAUGGUCUGACCCAGCACAAGGCAGCUUCCUAUGACUAUUGCAAGGCGGGGUUCAUGAAACGCACUUUCCAGAAAACAAGGCCUGAUUCCCCUGAGACUUAGUUCUGAGGAAACUUGCAUAGGCCUCAGAUUUGCCCAAUUUCACUGAAUUCAUACGGACUUAAUUGUGCCUACACGGGUUGACUCCGCAGUAAAGCCCAGUCACUGCUAGAAUAGAGGCGUAGAGAGCCUAAUGAAAUCCUCAAGCUCCACCGAACUCCCCCAAUUUCAGGCAAAUCACCCCUCCUACACACACAAGUCUCUCCUAACAGCAGGGGUUAAGGAAACCCAUCAUAAAAAGGAAGCCCCCCAACAACUUGAUAGGGGGUCCCACGACUGCAGCUUUACUCGGAAGUCAGUUCCCUUGCCAAAGAAGGCUGCUUGUCGCCAACCAUGAGUUGUGCUGGAUUCUGCUUGAGGGCUUUUUAUAAGGAAGGGUGGGGGGGACAAGCAACCAGGGUAGACAACAAAUUUGUUUUAUACAAACGUUAGCAUUUGUGAGUGCUUUCCGUCUGGCAAGAGAAAUACAUAAUAAAUAUUAGGAAGUCCAAACCUGCAGAAAAUAGUAACACCCCACCCCCACCCCCUUUUUUUUAAAAAAAAGAAAGAUAAAAUCCUGCUCACUUGGACACACAAGAAUGCCACUGGGUUGUGGUGGGGGAAGGAAAUGUGGACCUUCGGGUUUAUCAAGUGUCAAAUGGCACAGACAGGACAGACAUGCAAAGGUAGGGGUGUGUGUGUGUGUGAGAGAGAGAGAGAGAGAAAGAGAGAGAAAGAGAUUAAUGCUACAAUCACGGCAAGGACCUUUAGUGCCACAAGGACUGGGUUGUAAGAGGCAAACUUUGCCAACUAUUCUGGCAAAUGAUGUUCCUUGCUUUGAGAUCUAUUAGAUCACAGACUUCUUUUUUUAUUUGGCAACAGUGGAUGGUCUGGGGGCAGCGAAUGCUGUUGCAUCACCUGGGCACCUACUGUAAUCAGACUUUUUUUUUGGAGACAGCUCUUUCGGAGGAAGACCGGAUAGAAAAGUAUAGAUCAUCUGCACUAGUAAGGUUUGAGAACAAGCCUGAGUGCUGGCUUUGUCCUCCAGAGCUGCCUUUGCAAACACAAAGAUAUAGUCAGAAAAAAUGAGAUGUAUUGGAUCUAUUGGACUGGCUGGUGACAGAGCAGAUGUGGGAGACCUGCACAUAUAACACCCCCUUAGGAACAGCUGGAACUUCUUGCGAGCUGGAAGUAGGGGCUGUUGUGACAGCAGCAAGCGGACCAGUCUUCUCCCCUCAGCAUGAUCGAACACUUCAAGCACAAAUGGAUAAACAAAGAGACAAAUCCAAUUUUCAAAUGUUCCCAACUGAUAGGAAGGGCAAGGGGAAUGAGCUUACUAUUCAAAAGUAAGCUGCAGACAGGGGACGAUGCCACUGCAGUUAUUAUUAC